UAUAUCCCUGUUUGUAGUAUAUAAUGAUCAUGUUUCUUUAGGGACUUGGUACAUGAGCACAACAUAUUAACAAUUCCCUUUUAAAUAUUAUUUCCUUUCUCUCUCCUCUUCAUGCCUUGGCUUCCUUCCUAUAUGCUAAAGAUCUUCAGUAUUUCCUAUUGUCUUCCUUUUAUUUUAUUCUUUAUUUAGAGUUUGGGUUUUCAUAUACAAGAAACCAUGCAAAAAUUAAGCUUGUGUGCCAGACUUAUUUCACUUAACAUAAUCUCAGAGUAUACUCAUUUUCCUGCAAAUGAAUCAAGUUUAUCCUUUGUGGCAGACUACUCCACUGUGUACAAAUACAACACUCUCUUUAUCUACUCAUCUGUUGAUGGCCAUAUAGGUCACUUACAAGAUUCAGCUAUUGUAAAUUGUACUCCUAUAAACAUACAUAUAUAUGUAUCACUAUAUUUGGAAUUUUUUUGCGGGGGUGUACUGGGGAUCGAACUUGUGACCUCUCACUUGCCAGGCAGCUGCUUAUGCCACUUAGGAAGAUAGAUUCCUUAAGAAGAUAGCUAGAAAGAGAAUAGCUGGGUUUAGUGGAUUUCUAAUUUUAGUUUUUUGAGGAAUCUCCACACUGAUUUGCAUAGUGGUUACCAGUUUACAUACCACCAACAUUGAAGGACACCCUGCCAUAGCCUCACAUUUAUUAUUGGAUUUCUUGAUAAUAGUCAUUGUUUCUGAAAUGAGAUGUUUUAAUUUGCAUUUCUCGAAUGGCCAGUGAUGCUGAACAUUUUUUCAUGUGUCUAUUGGCCAUUUGUAUUUCCAAAAAGAUAGGAACUUAUCAAUUUCUGUGUCUUUCAAUUUUUUUCUGUUUAUUCUUGUUUGUGCCUUUUAUAAAUAUUUAUAUGUGUAUGCCACUCUAUUUUGAACCAAUUCAGGUAACUUACAUAUACCAUGGUCUUUUACCUUUACAUAUUUAACUGAAUUUCAUUAUUUCAUUGUUCAAAUUGUUUUAGAUUUAGUUAGAAGCUAUUUUUCCUGGUUUAGUGACAUGUACACAUCAUUUUCAAGAGUAUUUUUUUACUUUUGGUAAAAUAAGAUGUAUGUAUCUUGUAUUUUGCAUGUAUCUUGUAUUUAGCCUUGGAAUUACCUUUUUCUAAAAAGCCCUCUUUCCUGUUGGUGGACAAUGAUAUCAUAGAUCAAGGCUAGAUGUGCUCAUAGCUACUGUUUUUGCUUAUGGGACAUUUCAGGACACAGAGCUAAGAAAUAUAUGCAUGAAUAUAUGAUGCAGAGAUAUGCAUACACAAAUAUAUGUAAUCUGUUAGUGAUAUGGAUUUAAUUUUAAAUUGUUUUACUUACAUUUGAGAAAAUACAGAAACAUUGAUAAGUUCUGAAUAAAGGAAAUGAUCACAACUCACACAACUCAUACAAUUUUUAUGUUCCCUUUUUUUAGUCAGUGGUGCAUUGUAAUUUUGUGGAAUUACAGUGACACAAUUUUUUAAAUCUUUUCCACUUGACAUGUCAUAAGUAUAUAAAUUACAGUAUUUUUGCAAUUUUCAUUCUAAACUGCUUUAUAUAUCAUUUAGCAGAUUCUAUCAUUCUUCUAUUCCUGGACAUUAAGGUUGUUUCUAAUUUUUUGCUGCUGUAACUGACUUAAAAGCAAACAUUUUUCAUACAUAUACCUCCUCUUAGUUUUUGACUAAUGGAUUGGUUGGAAGAUUGUCCUAAAGUAGAAAUAACGCAUCCCUAAUGGUUUGUGUGUUUGCAUGGGUUUUCAUAUGUACUGUUACACCAGAUUAAUCACAUAUUUCCCAAAGUCCAUAACAAAAUUGGGUCCAGAGAUGAAAAAUUUGUAAUCUUUUUUUUGCAAGGAGCUGAAUAUCUCAUUAAAGUUACAAAUUUUCUAAAAAAUUAUACUGUGACAAAGAUGAUUGCUUAACCCAAGUUAGGAAUAGGUAUCUCAGGAAGUUUUUAGAGGAAGUGACGAUUAGAGUUGGUCUUGAAAGCCACUUUGAUGGAACCUUAAAUGAUUGGAGCCAGUUAUUCUACUUUAGAAGGGAGAGUAGAAAUAGGCUACAGAAAGCAUUUUAAACAGAAUCAGUAGAGUGUAAGAAAACCUGGCACAUUGAAGAAAAUCAGGUCAUUUGCUGUGAUUUUUAGCCCAGUAGCUUGAUGUUAUGUUAUCAGAAGCCUUGGUGUCUUUGGGGGAUUGAGAAAGGUCUGCUUGUUCAAGUGGAUAGGGGUCACAUUAUGAAGGCCCUUUCAUGCCACCUGUGUAUUGAUGCAAUUGGGAUAUCUUAAACUAAUGAGUAGUAUUAUUUAUUUUUUUAAAAAUAUGGAACGCUUCACAGAUUUGUGUGUUAUCCUUCUUAUCAGGGCCAUGCUAAUCUUCUCUGUAUCAUUCAAAUUUUACUAUAAGCAAAAACUCAGAAUUAUCUUUUAGAAUAGUUUCUAAAAGAGACUUGGAUAAUAUACACAUGUGAAUAGUUUUAAUGCAGUUUCAGAGACAGAUAAUAGUACAUGGAAGUUCCAAAGAAAACUAAAGGAACAAUUAAUCAUAUGUGGUACACAGAAUAAUGGCCUAAUAAAGCUGUCUGUGUCAAUCUCUGGAAUCUGAGUAUGUCACAUUACAUGGCAAGAGAGAACUCAGUUGCAGAUAGACAGUAAAGCCACUAGUCAGAUGACCCAAACCUAGAUUAUCCUGGAUUAUCUGAGUAAACAUGCUGUAAUUACAGAGUGUUUUAAGUCUGAAAGAGGGAAGCAAAAGACUCAGUGGCAGUGAUGAGAUAUAAGUCAGUCAGCUAUUGCUGACUUUAAAGAUGAGGGGACCAAGAGCUAGAAAAUAGCUCAUGAGUUAGAGGGUUUUGUUAUAGUUUGUCUCUAGAUGUCCCCUUAAAACCUCAUGAAGUUAUAGGUGGGGCUUUUUCAGAGGUAGCGUUUUAACACUGGGAUUGAUUCAUGGUGCAAUACUAGGAGCAAGGGCACCAGGAUUAAGGGUGUGAGUGCUACCUGCCCUAAGUAGCCUGGAUAAAAUAUAAGGCGUAGAGAGAGCUGUAGGUGUCCCUUGUUGCUCUGCUACCUUUUGUCUGCUAUAAACUGUUUCUCUUCUGCCAUCCCUGUCAGCCAUGCCACCCUGCCAGCUAGCUGAUUAUGGACUGAAACCUCUACAAACUGUGAGAUAGAUAAACCUUUCUCCUUUUAAUUUGUGUUUGGAGCAUUUUACAGCCAUGUUCUUGACUACAAAUCAUGGGACUGAACUAAAACUAAUUUACAGUUAAUAAUAAUUAAGAUUUAUUGUGGAAGUAUGAACUUUACCCUCUACCAAUGAGAAUACUUGAAAAGGGAUUAAACCCAUUUGGUAGAUGUUAUCUACUUUGUAAAACUGAUGUGGAAAUUCUGGCCUUGUGUGAAACAGUAAAUACAAUGCUUUAACACAUGGCUUUUUAAAAUAAUGUGACAUUCAUAAGAGCUUAAUAAUGAGGGUUUUAGCCAGGUUUGGAGUCAUAAAAUUGACUUUAAACAUGUCUCUUUAUUACUGCCACUCAUUAUCAAAGUGCCUUCUGAAGUUACUAAGAACUAAUUUAUUUCCAACUACUUACGAUAAUUUUUAAAAUAUGAACAGUUAUUUUUAGUUGUGACAACUGAAUCCCCUUGCCUCAAACAUCCUUUAAUAGCUUUAAUAUUUUCUUAGUGGUUUUAUGACUUUAAACACUUUACCAUCUUAAAGCGACACCCAGAAUGGUAUAUAUUACAUAAUAUAAUCUGAAAUACACCAAUGAUCAAUAAUUGACUUUUUGUCCUACUUGUUAAAAUUAUUAUAUUUGAGGAACAACUUUAGAUAAUUAUAAUGACAUGAUAAAAAAGAGCUAAGUUUUUUUUUUUUUUUUUGGUAGCACUGAGGAUUAAACCCAGGGCUUUUGCCCUGAGUUAUAGCACCAGCCCUUUUUUAUUAUUUAACUUGAAGACAAGGUCUCUAAAUUGCCCACACUAGACUGGAAUUUAUAACCUCCUGCCUCAAACUCCCAGUGUGUUGAGAUCACAAGUGUGCAUCAUCACAGCCCAUUCAAAGUGGAACUAUUUUGGACAAUUUAGUAAAUGAAAAUUCAAGAGUUAAAAUAAAUUUUAUGUUGAGUAUAAAACUUUAAAAACUAUACUUCUCCCUUUCUCAGAGACUUUAUGUGACUUGGAUUGAAGCUUAUCCUGGAAAUUGAGGAAGACAGUGACUGAGGAGGCUAUCUCUGUUUAGUGAACAGAAGUAAAAGUGAGAUGCUCUGGUCUCUAGGAUAGCAGUUGUAAACCACUGGGGCACGUGUUGUUUUCUUUUUAAGACAGAAACAAUUAAUGUAUCAAUUAUUUUUUCUAAACUAAAACUUCAGUGUUAAGGUUUAAUUGUAGUGUUGGCAUUUUGUGAUAAAUAAGUAACUUUUGGGUUGCAGUUUGGGUACUCAGUCUCUAAAAGGUUUGCCACUAUCGUGCUAGGAGUGACGAAUGUGACUAGUUCUCUAAAACAGUUCAGCCUCAUGCUAAAUUUCUAUUACUAAUAUGUAAAACUUAUAUCUUAUAGAAAAGAUCUUUGGAGAAAAAAGGAGGACAAAAUAUAUUCCCUAUUGGCUAAGAAAUGCUUACAUGUUUAAGACAAAUUAACGUUUUAAGGCAGCUCUGAAGAAGUAAUUUAUUUUAAAUAGGUGCGCAGUUUAUAGCUCUUGUGGGAAUACUUUCUUCUUACUUUUUUUCGUCAGAGGACUAGGCCCUAUGUUUUUAAUUUAGUCCUUUAAUUUUUGCUGUUAACGUUUAAUUUACUUGAUGACCCCACACUGUUAACUUUUGCCCCAGUCAACUUUGGAUAAUAAAUACAAGACUGUAUAUGUUAUUUCGAAGAAACUAUUAAAAAUAUAUUUGAUAUGAAACUGAACAUUAAAUUUCAGCUUUCCAUGUAGAAAAAUAUCACACAUUUAAUCAAAGAACGUGUCCCUUAUUGGAAGAUGUAUUUUAAUAAGCAUAGUUCUUUUUAAAAUAUCACCAACAGUCUGCCUACUUUUUAUGCUUUGAUUUUGUAACUUGAACAACUACUUCUAAGAUAAUAAUACGUAAUUUAUCAACUAGUAAUAUCUUACCUUUUUUUGGAAAUUCUGUAUUAUUUCUACCUUUUGUUCUGUUUUGCUUUCUUUCUCUAAAAAAAUAAAAAAAUAAAAUAUCACUGGCAAAACAACCCAAAGCUGACAUGACUUAAGUGGUUACAACAGAUUUAUUUUGGGGAUCUUUUUCAAAACAAAAACAAAGAUGAUAAUUGUAGAGAGGUUACAGAAUUGAGGAGGAGAUUCUACAGUAGAACCAGAGUUUAAUGUUUUUAUAAAAUGUGAGGAAAGAACAGAGAUUAAAAAGAGUGUAAAAGUAAAUCAAGAUUCUGUAGGAGAUUUGGGAGUGUGGGAUCAAUUGUAUAAGUAAAGGAAUUAAUCUGGAAAAGAAAAUAAUACCAUUUCCUAGGAUUAGAAAGGCGGGAUGUGAAGGUAGUUGUAUGACUAACUGGUAAACGUGGAGCAGGAUGUUGGAGUUCAUAGCUGAUAGUUUUGAUUUUCUUUUUAUAUCAUAAAGGAGGCAUAAAGGGAAUAAGGAUGCAGAUAACGUGGCAUGUUUGAGAUGAAGGAAGCUGGUAUAAAAUGUAUGCCCUCGGGCAGUGAAAGGUCUAAAAGGCUUGCCAUAGCUAGCCUAGGGAACAGGAGAAAGAAUUAUACAGGGAGAAAAGCGUUUAGCAGGAAACACUGAUAUAUUGGAGCAUUUAGGCUGGAUAGAAAAAGAUAUCAAGCUAUGUGAGGGGUUGUUGUUUGAAAGAGAAUAGUUUAGGAAUGGAGGCUAAAAAAAAUGGUAAGAAAGCAGGCUAGGGAUUUAGCUCAGCGGCACAAGUGCCUGCUUAGUAAGCAAGCAUAAUAUCUUGAGUUCAAUCCCCAGGACCACAAAAAAAAAAAAAAAAAAGUAGGAAGGCAAGUGCUUAGGGAAUAAUUGAGUGAAACAAAUGGUGAAAGAAGUGGUUACAGUGAGAGACAAUAUAUUGAAUGCUAUGGCCAUGAAGUAAUUUUCUGGUGGUCAGAACAUGUGGCUUUGAAUAUAGACAGCUAAAUGAAGUGACUAUAAAAAAGCUGAUGGAGUCAGAAUUCAGAUUUUUGGAUGGAUUGUCCUUAUGAACACUGAAAUAAAUGCCAAACAGUGAUAGCAAAACAUUCAGGGAGGCAAAAUACUGUAAGAAAGGCCGAAGUUCUCAAUGAGUAAGAGAAAGACAUGGCAAGUAAGUAAUGAGAAUGAAAGAAAACCUUUUCACUUUUUAUUUUGUACUAGUGAUUGAACCUAAGACCUCUGCACCAAGCUACAGCCUCAGCCCAUUUUUUAAUUUUUAGUUUCUGAGACAGGGUCUUGCUAAGUCAGUUAGUUGCCCAGGCUGGGCUUGAAAUUGCAACCCUUCUACCGCAGUGCUAGGGUUACGGAUGCGUAGUGCUUAGCCUGGCUUCUAAGAUAGUUUAAUCAUGCCUUUUUACUUUAUAUGAGCCUGAAGGCAAAGACUACAUUUUAUUUAAUGUCGCAAAUACUUUUUGAAAUAAUAAAUAAGCAAAUGAUAACCUCGUGGUUAGUAAGAAUUUCUGAGUAUUUUAUUUAUGCCACUUGAUAAUAAAUCUAAAUGAACAAGUUGCAGAAAAAAUUAGUCCUAUCACCUAGAAAUAAUCACUAUCAAAUUCUUGUCAUUAAACUUCUGUACCUAUUUGUCCUUUAUUUAUAUGUAUGUAUGUAUAGUUCCAGGCAGUAAAUACUCAGUUACACUUUUUUUUUUUUUUUUUUGCUUUUUGAGUCAGGGACUCACUGUGUAGUUUGGGCUGGUCUUGAACUCACAAUGUAGCACAGACUGGCCUCAAACUAGCAGUGAUCCUACUGCCUCAGUCUCCUGAGUGCUGGGAUUACAACUAUGUGCCAUGAUGUCCAGUGCAUCAGUUACACUUUUAAUAGACGAAUAAAUAUUCUGUUAUGAAAUAUUAGGAUAUACUAUAAUAUAAGCAGUUCCUUAUUUGAGACCAUAUAGAUUCCAAUGAAAUUUUCUCUACUAGCCAGAUAUCUGCAUGAUUUUCUUAUGAUGUUUUAGAAGUAAAUUUUCUAGUAAGGUCUUUAUGGAAUGCCUAUUUUCUUAUUUUAGGGCUAUUUCUAACAGGCUUUUUAAUACGCAUUUUUUCCACUGAAGAUUGAAAUCAGAAACUUGGAGACUUCUUCAUAAGGACCUUUGAUGAUAGGUGUUUAAAAAACUUGGAAUCAAGUACACUUUUCAGGAGCAUAAUAAGAGAUGAUUCAUAAGUUGAAUCUAUAGUGCUCAGUUUACAAUGUACAUUGAAAUUAAAAACCUCUCAGCAUAAUCUAAAAUUGUUGAUAAUAUUUGGUUUUAGUAGAGAUUUUUUUACUCAAAAUUUAAAAUUGUAGUGAAAUAUUCCUAACAUAAAACUUACCAUUUUAACAACUUUUUUUUGAUAAUACCGCUAAUUGAACCCAGGGCAUCAUGCAUGCUAGGUAAAUGUUCCAGUGCUAAGCCACAUCCCCAGCCUUAAUGAGAUAAUAUCUUACUGAGUUGUGCAAACUGACCUCACACCUGCAACCCUCCUAUCUCAGCUUCCUGGGUAGUUGGGAUUACAGGUGUAAGGCACCUCACUCAGCAUGUUAACUGUUUUUAAAGGUUCAGUUCAGUGGUAUUAUAUACAUUCACAAUUUUGUAUAACCAUCACCACCAUCCAUUUCCAUCCAGUAUGGAUUUUAAUAUACCAAUAAGGUCACUGCAUCUCAAACUUUACAGAAAUACAGUUAAUAGAAAGAGUGAACAAGUGCCUUAAAGACUGGUCUCAAUCUAGAAUUUUCUUUAGUUUCAUGUUUUAUCUUAAAUUGAAGUAAAUGUUGCAUUGUAUAUUAUAAUAUUUCUGCAUUUAUAUAAAUAUAAUAAUUAUAUGUUUUUCAAAGUCUUAAAGUUCAUGUCUGUCAAGAGGCCUCAUGUUUAUUCAGUGGUUUUUAAUCCCUUGGGCACACUCAAGUCCCGCUAACCCCAAGCUGCAUUUUUAGAGGCACAGUUCUAAGCUAUUUUGUGGUUGAACAACACAUUCUUUUUCCAUUUGCUUUUACAGUUUAGCCAAGGCUCUUUAUAGUACUGUGUGGCAGGGAACAGACUAAAUGAUGCUUACCCCCUUUUAACAUGAUAGUGUCAUGGAAACUAUAAAUAUUCAGAGUGAAUACUCAAAAGUAUUCUUUUAUAUGAUCUUACUUCAUCAUUAUCAAUGCCAUGAGACAUUGGUACAAAUAAAGGGAGUGAUUAUGUUCUUGGUAGGACUAUAACCUACUUUUCCAAAAAAAAUAUUGAAUUUUGAACUAUACAUUAUGACUACUGAGACAUGGAAAUCCUCUCAGGUAUAAUUCUAUUCUUUAAGCUUGGUCCCAGUUUCAGGAGAUUGGAGACCAUAUUCAAGAAUAGUGUCAAAACUGGAAUUAAAAUUUGAGUUUCUUAACACCAAUUGAGAAUCUUUUUAAUAACAAAAUGAAAAGAGUUACAUAUAAAAAGAGUAUACCCCUUCCUGGUCCUACAGAACCACUUUGCACCAUCUUAAGAACCAUGAGUCUUUUUCUUUCUCUCCUGACUCCUUCCUUCAGCUCCCCUUUCUUCUUUCUUGCAUUCUUUUUUGGGUAACUUAUAAGCAUCCUAGUUUUCAGAAUUAAUUGGCUGAGAAUAUUUAGUGCAUUAAAAUUUUGUUAAAAAGUUAGAGCUCAUUAACUAUUCUUACCACAGUAAAAACACCGAAGAGUAUUUUAGUAUGCCACAAAAAAUAACAUAGACCAUUAGAAUUUUCUUGUCUCUCAAGCUUUGCUCACAAGGCUCAGAGCUCAGAACAGUAUAAUUUUAGAUAGAAAUAGAUGGGAGGCAUGAAAAAGGCUGCUGGAAAGUAAGAAAGUCAGAAUAAAAAUAAGCAAAUAAACACUUGUUAAAUGAAGCAUUCAUCAGGAUAAGAAGGAAUAAUAUCACAAAAUCAGUAGAGUUUCUGGUUUCUAAUUCUUAAAGGUUCCUAUCUGGUAGUAUUCUAAAACACUUUUCAAAUUAUGUUUAUUUUUUUAAAAAAUCUUUAAAAAGUCAACUGUCAAAGGUCACAGAGACACUCUUUUUUGUUUUGCUUUUUGUGGGAAGCCGCCUAUGAUGGCGCCCAUUUCCUGCUUCCGGGUUCUUCCCGGCCUGAACAAGCCCGCCAAAUUGUCAUAUCUGCCCAGUUACCCGUGACGCUAGCCUAUCAGCUUGUUAGGCGCGCUUCUCUGUGAUUGGAUACUGCUUCCCCUUAUAAGAGGUUGUUCCUGCCCCCAACGGCGGAAGAGGAACCAACGUUGAGGGUGGCGGACCUUGUCAGGUCCGGUUCGCUGUACGUAAUAAAGUUUGAGAGCUGAUCCUGCUCGAGUUUGGUCUCCUGUCUCCCGCGGCUCCGGUCAUCUGGUGGCCCGUACUGGGAAAAAAGGUAAAAGACUCAGCGAUGUGCCUCUUCGGCCGGGAGGUGCGAUUGCUGUCACCUGCGGUACGACGGAGGACCUGGCCCAAUAACAACGGAAGGCCGCGAGCGCCUCUUCUCUUCACCCUGAUCAGCUACGUGAGAUACAGCGGUUCCCGGGACAGGUGAGUACUGGGUCACCUGGGUUGGGUGGACGCACCUAACAGAUUUUGAGCGCCACACGAGUGGACGCCGGUUUUUUUUUUUUUUUCUUUUCUUUUCCCUUUGCAUCUGUUUUGCUUUCGCUUCGCUAAUACAGUCCGACAGGCUUUUGAUAGAGCUCGAUUGGAAUGCUCAGAGGAGCCCGGAGCCACUGCCGAUUGUGGGUCUCCGGAGGACCCUCAGGGCUCUAAUUCUGAUUCGGAUUUGGAAGGCUCAGAAGAGGAGGUCGUCUUUGCUAAGCAUGACCCUCCUACACCGUUAAAAGAGGAACUUAGGGCUCGGGAAGACACCACCCUGCCCGAGCUACUCUGCCUUACGGGAAGAGCUUAAGCCCUUCCGCCCUUUGGCAAGUUCGCGACCCAUGGUUGCUCCCUUCAGGGCGCCAGGCCCCACUGCACCGCCGUGGCCGGAAGAGGAGUUGCUCCCUGGGCUGCCACCACAACCUAUGGCACCGCCCUGGUUAGAGGGAGAGCUACUUCCUGGGUUGCCUUCUGCGCCCCCAUCUGGGGAGGGAGGAGGACGUUCCUUCCACGAGAGGGUAUGGUCGCGGCUUCCCUUUGAGUGUUCCGGUCUCCAUGCAUUCCCGGUACAAGUAGGAGGCAGGGGAGGAGGAGGAUAUUAUGAGCCCUUAGAAAUUAAACAACUUAAAGCUAUCAAGGACGCAGUUUCAGCUUAUGGGCCCAAUGCGCCAUUUACCAUGGCGCUUUUAGAGGCAUUGGCAGGUCUGCUUUUAACUCCGGGAGAUUGGACCCAGCUGGCACGCGCCUGCCUCUCCCCCGGACAAUAUUUAGAUUGGAAGUCCUGGAAUGAGGAAUUCUGUGUAGAGCAGGCGGCAGCCAACAGGGAAAAUAACCAGAGAGAGUGGAACAGGGAUAUGCUAUUAGGGCGAGGAGCCUUUGAGGAAGAUCAAACUCAAUACCCUCGCCAGGUUUAUGAACAAAUUAGCCGCUGUGGCCUCCAGGCCUGGAGACGGCUGGCUGGAAAGGGAGAACAUACGGGUCACCUUACAAAAAUUAUACAAGGGCAGGGAGAGCCAUUUUCAGACUUUGUGGCCCGCAUGCUUGAGGCCGCUAACAGGAUUUUUCCAGAUGCUGAGGCGGCUCACCCUCUCAUAAAACAAUUGAUUUUUGAACAGUGCACUAAGGAGUGCCGUGAUGUCCUAAGAACUAACAAAAAUAGGUCCUUAGAAGAGUGGACACGCCUGUGCCGUGAAUUGGGUGGCCACGGCCUAACGCCCAAAGGAAGAAUAUCAUUGGCACUCUUUACCAUAAAUUUUUUAAAUCUUAAUCACAAUAAUCAUUCCCCUGCCAUGGAGCACAAUAACCCGUCCCCGGCCGACAAAGGGCUGGUGAGAUGGAAAGAUGUCCUUACAGGACAAUGGAUGGGCCCGGAUCCAGUGAUUAGCUGGACCCGAGGUGCGGUUUGUGUCUUCCCACAGGAACCAGGUCGCGAACCACUGUGGGUCCCGGAAAGAUUGACGCGAGCAGUAAACUCCCCACCAGUUCCUGAUAAAGCACAGGAGGAUAAGCCCGCGGACACAAGUCAACUCGACCCUUCUGGGACCGACGCUCAGCGCCCGAGACCAUCUACAAACUAAAAUGUCUGGUUUGGAGCUUUUUCUAUUCUGUGGGUUCCUAUUAAUCACCCCUGUUCCCACAAAUUUGACCAACACUGUUAAAAAUAUCCAACUAGGUCCAGUCAGGUUCGAUUUAUCAACUUUAGGCAGUGUUAUAGCCAGUUUGUGGGAACACGUCACCUCCUGGUUCUCCUGGCCCAACCUGACUACUUGGAUCCUAAUUGCCAUGGCUAUCCUAGUAGGGCUUGUGGUUAUCAAAUGCUUGUUAGAUCGCCUCAUACAAACUCAGCAGCAGGUUAAGAUCACAGCCAUGGCAGCCAUGCAAAUGGCAGCAGGUGGCCCAUCAGGCCAGCAGGCCGCCGCAUAUCUCCUUCACAUUGCAGAACAUCAGCUAUAAGAGCUGAGUGGGCAAGCCAAUGACGGGCUCCACUCAGAUAUAUAUGGCCUAUAAGGCCAGGGGUCCCUCCCGGAGUCAAAUUAUUGGCAUUGAGAUGCGAGACCAAGGGUACUGCAGUGCCAUCCGCCCCAAAGGUUGGGGGGAAGGCAGGAAUGAAUGUCUAUAUGCAUCCAGGUUCGGUUCACAAAAGCCUGGCCCUGCGAAAAAAUGAACCACUCACCUUGAGCAUGGUCCUGGCGCAAGGAUAUGCACAAAACAGGGUGAUGCACAGCAGGGUAUAGACCUCUACAUUCUCUCAUGCCUCGGCCUACAAGGUAGGCCCACUCCUAGGUGUCUAACAGCAACAAGGUCAUAGACACCUUGGAGGGACCCACAGACCAUCCUAUUUUAAUAAAUAAAAAAGGGGGAGAUGUGGGAAGCCGCCUAUGAUGGCGCCCAUUUCCUGCUUCCGGGUUCUUCCCGGCCUGAACAAGCCCGCCAAAUUGUCAUAUCUGCCCAGUUACCCGUGACGCUAGCCUAUCAGCUUGUUAGGCGCGCUUCUCUGUGAUUGGAUACUGCUUCCCCUUAUAAGAGGUUGUUCCUGCCCCCAACGGCGGAAGAGGAACCAACGUUGAGGGUGGCGGACCUUGUCAGGUCCGGUUCGCUGUACGUAAUAAAGUUUGAGAGCUGA